AUGAAGCUCUUGGCCCAUUCAGCCCAACUUGCCGCGGAGCAUCAGGCAGCGGUGGUUGUCGGGUCAUUGCCCUCAGCAAAUACCGUCCCCGGCCCCCAACUUGCUCCAUUACUUUCCCAGCUUCCACCCGGUCCAUCGCAAACUGGCGCGAUGUCCAGUGCAGCUUCUGGCACAUUGCCUAAUGCUCAUCUGGCUCAUUUAGCCACAGCCGAUGUGGGCGUAGAUGAUUUACGCCGUCUAUGCAUGCUUCGAUUGAGUUUUGUCAAAGGCUGGGGGCCUGACUACCCUCGUCGUAGUAUCAAAGAGACUCCAUGUUGGAUUGAAAUCCAGCUUCAUCGGUGCGUCGAUUUUUCGGUCUUGUGUUUUUGCAAUUUUCUUUGA